CCUUCUUUGAAGUUAAAGAGUAACAUCUUCAAUGGCUUCUUCAGCUAUUCCACCUCCGAUCAUCUUCCUCUCCCUUUUGCCCUUUCUGCCCUUAUUUGCUGCUUCUAAUGUGCCUUUGGGCUCAUCGCCUUCUGCCACUAACGGUAACUCUUCUCUAGCAGACAAAGGAGCAAGCAACCCCGCGGAAGACUCGUACGAUUUGAUUGAGGUUCCAAACAUUAACUUCCUGUUCGGAGAUGAUGAAAGUUUGGGUCCAUUAAAUCUAACACACUGUAUACGAGCUUGUUCGCAGGAUUCCGAUUGUGUUGUUGCUAUAUUCAAUGGCAUAUCAUGUUGGAAGAAGAUAUUGCCUAUCUGGGAGGAUGAUGUUGACUGGGAGGAAGAUGACGAUUACGAGGAAGAGGAUGAUUUCGAGGAAGGUGCCGCUCUUUUUAUAGAUUUUUAAAUCCGAGGUUUGGCGUUUCCGGUCGUUCUUUUGAGUUUCGAUUGUGGUUGUAGGUUUUUGGUAUUUAUUCUCUAGAUUUCUAGGUUGCUUUGCUUGUAGUUUUGUUUAGAUUGUUUUAGUGGGUGUUACGGUUUUGGUUGUAGUGUUUUUGGUUGGCUUCUUGUCUUUCGUUGGGUUUG